AUGCCCCACGUGUUUCGGGGACUCCUGAACCGUGUGGUGCGAGGAAUGCGGCUUAGGCUGACCAAUGAUCCCUUGAGGCCUGCGAGGAUUACGGCUCUGAUAGAAGUGGUAUCUCCGAGGCCUGCGAGGAUUUGCGGCUUAGAUAGAAGUGGUAUCUUCGAGGCCUGUGAGGAUUGCGGCUCGAGUAAACUUGGUGUCUCUAAGGCCUGCGAGGAUGGAAUUGACGGUAUUAAUGGAAUUGACGGAUCAAAAAUGAGGGUACACCUAGGUGGAGAAAAUUUCAGUUUUGAGAUGUUCUUAAACUAA